GUCAAAUCAUAAGAUUAGUGUGGCAUAGUCUCUUGCUCUAAUAACCAAAAAAUAUUGAGCUAGACUGUCAAAAAACCGUCUCAUAAACAAGAAGACCACAUACUUACCCCUAUAUUAAAAAGCAUAAUAUAUCAGCGGCUCUACAAGACAAACAAUGCGCUGGUGAAACAGCUCUCGUAAAGUUUAAAGGAAAUAAAACUGGUAAAGUUAGUGGCAACAAACAUCUCACACCAAUAAAAUAAAAAUAUUUAAACGGCUGAACAAACAAAAAGGUUAAUAUGUAAAUAUCUAAAUCAAACACCAAUUAACCCGAUUAGAUAUACUCGAGAAUAUUUUCCUCGACCCGAAAUUCCCGCGGCAGAUCUCCUGCACCUUACGAAACAAUGCUCCCGAGUUUAUUUCCGUAAAUUCAUAUAUAUGCGACAAAAUGUGCGUCCCAUUAACGAGGCAUUCCAGCUAUUCCAGUGUUGUGUGAAGCGUGGAGAGAUGUGGACGUGCGCGGGAGUGCUCGCGCUGGUGGCGUGCGCGUGCGCCGUCACGCGCGACCAGUUCUACCCUCACGGACUUGGGUACGACCAGACCCUGCCGCGCGGCAGCGAGGUCCCCUCCCCUGAGAUACAGCUCAAAGUACCCAUCAAGUUCUACGGAGAAGUUUACGAAAGCAUAUUUGUAAAUAACUUUGGUGUUCUGACCUUUCGUGCCGACAUCCCAUCGUUUCUGAACAUUGAGUUCCCGCUACCGUACCCAUCGAUCGCGGCAUUCUACACCAACGUUGACACAAGCAACGCUGGAGCCGUGUACUACAGGGAAACGAACGAACCACACGUCCUAACCAAAGCGGAAGAGAGCGUGCAGAACAACUUCCACGCUUAUUACGACUUCAAACCAUCCAGCGUGUUCAUCGCUACCUGGGAAGAUGUCACCUACACUUCUCAAGGUCGCACCAGCCCGCUAAGGAACAGCUUCCAAAUAGCCGUGAUCAACAACGGGACAGAGAGUUUCGUUGAAUUGCUGUACCCCGAAAGGGACAUCCAAUGGAUACAGAAAGAUGCUCAAAUAUUAAGUUUACCCGAUGCAAAAGCACAAGCCGGUUUUGUGUCCGAAGAUGGACGUAUCUACACUCUCCGCGGAUCUGGAAGUCAUCAAAUUAGAAAUAUUGUCUCAUGGUCUAAUAUUCACGAGCCUGGUAGAUACGUUUUCCGGAUUGGAGAUAUACCUAAUGACAGCAAUAUUGCUGUUCCCGACCAGUACGAUCAAACCGAAGUUGAAAUCGAAGAAGAGUCUAAAACGUGUGCACAGAGCGGUCCAAGCGUGUGCCACGUUCAGGCUCGAUGUGUCGACUACCAAGCGGGCAUUUGUUGUCAAUGUAACGACGGGUUUUACGGAAACGGAAAAUCAUGUAUAAAAGAUGACGUUCCACUCAGAGUUCACGGAAAAAUUAAUGGCGUUUUAAACAACGUCAAUCUAAAUGAUGUCGACAUACAAGCAUACGUAGUCGUCGCUGACGGGAGAGCAUACACAGCUCUUUCCCUCGUUCCUGGAGAACUUGGAAGCAGUUUGCAAUUACUUCAUGUACUUGGUGGCGUGGUGGGCUGGCUCUUCGCCAAGCCAUCUGGGUUUGCCAAAAAUGGAUACCAAUUGACAGGCUCCACGUUUAACCACACCGCAGAUGUUUGGUUCCCAAUAACAGGUGACAGAGUUACAAUAAAACAAGAGUACCUGGGACAUGAUGUGUUCGACCAAAUUACUUUAGAAACCGAUAUCAGAGGUUCGCUACCAGCAAUUUCAGUUGAUGCAAAACUAGAUAUAAGUGAGUAUGAUGAGCAAUACACUCUGGUAGAACCGGGUCUCAUACGUUCUGAAUCAACGCGAACGUUUACUAAUAAGCUAACAGGAGAGAAAUACGAACAGAGAGUUUCACAAACCUUCACAUACAACACUUGCCUUUUUGCACCUGCAUCACCUGAGGACAAUACGCCGUUGACGUUAAAAAUAAGCAAGAACUAUUUGGGAUAUGAAAGCAAGGAAAAUAUUGUCAGAUACGGUAUGACUAACAAGAUAUUCCCUCUGGGUGAAGAAGACCCUUGUAUUGUCGGUAGAAGCACUUGUGGACCUCACAGCACAUGUGUGGUACAAGGAGACUCUUUCGCAUGUGUUUGUCAAACAGGAUACACAGAAAACUACGUAGACAAUGCUGCAACAUGUGUUGAUAUUAACGAGUGUCAAAUUGGAACACAUAACUGUGACACCAAUGCCGAAUGUUACAACUACGACGGCGGCUUCCAAUGCAGAUGUCGUUCUGGGUUCUUAGGAAACGGCAUAAGUUGUAAACUUCUUUUAACUUGCCAAAACAAAAACUGUGAUAGCAAUGCCCAGUGUGUGGAGAAUCCAGGAAGAGAACCUACAUGUGUAUGCAACCCUGGAUUUACUGGUAACGGAGACUCCUGUUAUCAAAACUACAAGACUGCUUGUUCUGGAUGCUCGCCAUACGCUUCCUGUGUUUUCGCUAGCAACGGUUACGAAUGUAAAUGCUCUGAAGGAUAUUACGGUGAUGGCUAUAACUGCAUCGCAAUCGCGAGAGUUGACGAAACAACGCGCGCUUCUAUUCCGGUAGAAAACAAUGAAGCCGAUUAUAAUGAGACGUUCGUAUUGCCGCACUGUGACACAUAUGGCUGCCACUGCCCAGAUGGCUAUUCUGACUAUAGAGAUGAGCUUAAUAACCAGCUAUGUCGUUUGUGUAUCACCAACGGCAACCAAGAACCUACUGAGCCUAACUAUCCUCCUCCCACAGAAACAUAUUACCAAACUGACUACUCCACUCAAACAGAAGGCGCUCAGCAACCACCAACGGGAUCCGUACCUUGGGACCCGAACUACAAUAGACCAUCAGAACACGAUUAUGACGCACCUCUGGAUAUCUACCAAGCACAAACGCCACCUUCGAACGUCUACAACGAAUCUGAAGAUAACAACUACCGCCCUCCCUCAGGAAAUAAUUAUUAUCAGCAACCCGACCAACCGGACCAACAUAACUACCAACAAACCUUAGAUAACAACUAUCCAUCUCCUCAACCCAACUACCCAGAGCCUCAACAACCCGACUACCAAUCUCCUUAUAACUACAAUACUCCUCCGCCAAGCUAUCCUUCUCAACAACCGAGCUACCCCCCAUCUCCAAGACCAAAUUAUCCCCCAUCCCAGCAACCAAGUUACCCUCCUUCUCCUCGACCAAAUUAUCCAGAGCCUAAUUACCCUGUGUCUGAACAGCCAGACAAUGGUUACAACUACCCUGCACCUCAACCUAACUACCCAGAACCACAACAGCCUGAUACAUCUUACCAGCAGCCUGAUACAUCUUACCAGCAGCCUGAUACAUCUUACCAGCAGCCUGAUACAUCUUACCAACAGCCUGAUACAUCUUAUCAGCAACCUGAUACAUCCUAUCAGCAGCCUGAUACAUCUUACCAACAGCCUGAUACAUCUUACCAACAACCUGAUUCAUCUUACCAACAGCCUGACACAUCUUACCAACAGCCUUCAGGAAAUGGAUACCAACAGUCUACCGAAAACAACGACUUAAUUAAAUGUUGGGAGGACGCCGAUUGCCCACCAAACGCUGUAUGCUCUUACUUAUCAACCGACGGAGGAGAUUGGGAAGGAAAACAUUGUGUAUGUCCCGAAGGCUACGAAGGCGAUGCGUUUGAAUGUAUUGAACGUACUGGCCCUAACUGCGCGUGUGGCCUUCACGCACACUGUAUUUCCACCCGUGCCGAAGAAUACAUCUGUGUUUGCGACCUUGGGUACCACGGCGAUGGAUACGUUUGCCGUCCUAACUUCAGCUGCAAAAAUAAUUCCGACUGUGAAUACAAUGCCGAAUGCCGACCUGAUCAAAAGAGCAACGAAUACAUAUGCCAGUGCAUCAAAGGUUACAUUAAAGACCAGAACGAUGCGUGUAUCCCUGAUGCACAAUUGUGUAAUGGUGCGCUGUGUGCCGAGUUCUCAUCGUGUCUCUAUGACCCCGAACUAGAUCUUAAUUACUGUCAUUGCAAUGAGGGAUACACCGGCGACGCCAUUUCUCAGUGUGUGCCUGUGGGUCGUACUUGUGACGUGUUGAACGACUGCGACGUUAAUGCAGUUUGCACACCUACCGAUAACACGUACCAAUGCAUCUGCAGAGAUGGGUUCAAUGGCGACGGGUACAGCUGUAUCCCAGAACCAACGUGUAGGAAUGAUCCAAACAUGUGCGACUCGCAUGCGUCAUGUUUGAAGAGACAAGAUGGAUAUGUCUGUGAAUGUAAUGCUGGAUACAACGGCAAUGGGAGUCGCUGCGAAUUGAACCCUAGACAAGCUGGUAAUUUCUUGGUGGCUAGCGAUGGAGCUUCAGUGUACCGAGUGCCGUUCCGCGUGACUCCCAGGGACUUCGCGACGCCCUUGAACAGCGGUAUUUCGCAAAUAGCUGUAGGCGUUGAUGUAGACUGUGAAGUCAGCAGGGUGUACUGGGGCGAUGUGGUGAGCUACGCUAUCAAGACGACAGCGUAUGACGGAAGCGACUAUGAUUACUUCUUAUCAGAAGGCGUCAAGUCACCAGAAGGUAUUGCAGUGGACUGGUCAGCAAGAAACAUUUUCUGGACCGACUCAAAGAAGCUUACGAUUGAAGUAGCCAACUUGGACACGAAAGCUAGAAAAGUUUUGUUUGCCGUUGACAGAAUAUCAAAUCCAAGAGGCAUAGCCGUACAUCCACAAAGAGGAAAAGUCUUCUGGUCUGACUGGAAGCGCUCAAGCCCUAAGAUAGAAUGGGCGAACAUGGAUGGUUCCCAGCGUGGAAUCUUCCUUGACAAAACUGAGGUCGUAUUGCCAAACUCUUUGGCUAUCGACUGGCUUCGGGACCGCCUGUGCUACGCAGACGCUGGCCUCGCCAGUAUCAAGUGCGUCAGCAUAGACACCCAAGAGAAAGAGACUAUUGCAACCAAUUGCACGUACCCCUUCGGACUUGCGAUCAACGGCAACAAAUUCUAUUGGACUGAUUGGAAAACAUUAAAAAUCGAGUCCAUAGACGUGGAAACUCAAGUCCGCGGCCAGGUCCCCAUAGCAACAGCUUCGAGAAGGCUGUACGGAGUGGCGGUGGCCCCCGACAGCUGCCCGCCGGCGCACAGCGUGUGCAUGUACCGGAGCGGCGGCUGCGGGCCCGAGCAGCUGUGUCUGCCCGACGGGAACAACGGCAGGACCUGCGUCGACGCCGACCCUACUCUCAGCAGGCGCUAGUUUAAGCGGUUUUGAUUGUGGCCGAAAUUAUUGUAUUUCAAGUUUUGAUGGUUAAAGGUUGAAUAGAGUGAGUCUUGGUUUUCUUUUUUAAUUUCAGUUUAAUGUGGUUAUAGAUAACAACGAACUACAAUAAUAUAAGUAGUUAUUGAACUGUUAUACUCAUGUUUGAAGUUUGUAUAGGAUAAUAUCGCACUAUAGGAAUAGUUAACCUUUACGACUUAUCAACGGCUUCACAUCCUCUUAAACCACGUACCAAGUAAUUUUCGGCCAGCACUACCUUCAAAACCAAGUUCUAAGAAAUUAUAAAACAUGUUUUCUUUUUGAACAGAGAUUGGGCACAUACUUUCAACUAUUCUGCUCCAAAAGCGCAAUGUUUUCUAGAAAGAUGUUUCGUAAUUUCUAAGUAACUGUUAUAAUUUAAGGGCAUUAGUUUAAUCUUACCAAGUAUACCUACUAACCAUUGUAACCCAGAUUUUUAAAACAUUAAACAUACAUCCCGCCUAAUGUUGAGUACGAGUUUUAAAUAAAUAGUAAAUAACAUAUUUUACAGUAUUCAGAAGAUUUCUUAAUAAGUUUGAUAAAAUAACUGAUGGUUUAUGAAUUUGCCAGAUUAUAUGCAUUUUUAAUAUAUGUUUGUACAACUGUAACCAAAGAUUUAAGUUACUGAAACAAUUGUUAGAAUAAAAUAAUAAAUACUCUUAAUAAGAUCUUUAAUGUACUUCAAUCAAUGUAAUUUAUUAAUGCCAAAUCAAUAAAGUUAUUUAUUUAUA